AGUCGGGCUGGAGCAGAAACACUGAAGCUGCCGCUGCUGAGCGGGGAGAGGUCGGUCCCAGGCUGCCGGGCCGGAGGAGAGGGAGGUGGUCCGGCUGUGCGCGUCUACACCGCGCGCCCCUCCCGAAUCGCACCGCCCUUUGUGGCUGGAGCCUUGUCUUGGCACUUGCGGAGCUGGGGUCACUAGAGUCACGGCCACAGGUCCCCAUGAGCUGGGGUGGGUGGAAAUCCUGGCGAGCCGAGUUCCCCCAGCCCUGGACAUACUCGUGGUUAUGAAAUCAACCAGGCUCAAAGUUUUGACAGAACUGCUGGAGGCACGAGGGCUGCGGUCCUACAGGUAUGGAUCUUUGGAAGUUGCUGCUGACUUUGGCAGUCGCAGGCUCAAGUGAUGCUUUUUCUGGGAGUGACGACACACCAGCUAUCCUUGGCAGAGCAUCCCAGGAUCUACAAACAGUUAAUCCAGACCUAGGGACAAACUCUUCUGGGAAACCCAAGUUCACCAAGUGCCGUUCACCUGAACUAGAGACCUUCUCAUGCCACUGGACACAUGGGGUUCAUCGCAGUUCCAAGAGCCCAGGAUUCGUACAGAUGUUCUAUUCUAAAGGGAGCACUCAAGAACAGACUCAAGAAUGGAAGGAAUGCCCCGAUUAUGUCUCCGCUGGAGAAAACAGCUGUUACUUUAAUUCAUCUUAUACCUCCAUUUGGAUACCCUACUGUAUCAACCUAACUAGCAAUGGUGAUAUUGUGGAUCAAAAGUGCUUUUAUGUUGAGGAAAUAGUACAACCAGAUCCACCCGUUGGCCUCAACUGGACUUUACUGAAUAUCAGUUUAACGGGGAUUCAUGCGGACAUCCAAGUGAGAUGGGAACCACCGCCCAAUGCAGAUGUUCAGAAGGGAUGGAUAGCCCUGGAGUAUGAGCUGCAGUACAAAGAAAUAAACGAGACCCAGUGGAGAAUGAUGGACCCCGUAUCGUCAACAUCAGUUCCAGUGUACUCAUUGAGACUAGAUAAAGAGUAUGAAGUGCGCAUGAGAUCCAGACAACGAAACUCUGAAAAAUAUGGCGACUUCAGUGAGGUGCUCUAUGUAACACUUCCUCAGAUGAGCCCACUGGCAUGUGAAGAAGAUUUCCAGUUUCCAUGGUUCUUGAUUAUUAUCUUUGGAAUAUUUGGACUAAUGGUGAUAUUAUUUUUAUUCAUAUUUUCUAAACAGCAAAGGAUUAAGAUGCUGAUUCUACCCCCAGUCCCAGUUCCAAAGAUUAAAGGAAUUGAUCCGGAUCUAUUCAAGGAAGGGAAAUUGGAAGAGGUGAACACAAUCUUAGCUAUUCACAACUAUAAACCUGAAUUCUACAACGAUGACUCUUGGGUUGAAUUCAUUGAGCUAGAUAUUGAUGACCCUGAUGAAAAGACUGAAGGAUCAGACACAGACAGACUUCUAAGCAAUGACCAUCAGAAAUCACUCAAUAUCCUUGGGGCAAAGGAUGAUGACUCUGGGCGUACCAGCUGUUAUGAACCUGACAUUCUGGAGACUGAUUUCAAUGCCAGUGAUGUGGGUGAUGGUACCUCAGAGGCUGCUCAGCCACAAAGAUUAAAAGGGGAAGCAGAUCUCUUGUGCCUUGACAUGAAGAUUCAAAACAAUCCCCCUUCUAAUGAUGCUACCCCUGCUACUCAGGAGCCUGGUGUUAUCCCAGCAGAGGAAAACAAACCAAGACCACUUCUCAUUGGUGGAACUGAGUCAACCCAUCAAGCUGCCCAUACUCAGCUAAGUAAUCCAAGUUCACUGGCAAACAUCGACUUUUAUGCCCAGGUAAGCGACAUCACACCAGCAGGGAGCGUGGUCCUUUCCCCGGGCCAAAAGAAUAAGGCAGGGAUACCCCAGUGUGACUUGCAUCCAGGAGUGGUCUCAUUCUGCCAAGCAAACGUCAUCAUGGACAACUCCUACUUCUGCGAGGCAGAUGCCAAAAAGUGCAUCGCUGUGGCCCCUCACGUCGAGGUCGAAUCACGUGUAGAGCCAAGACUUAACCAGGAAGACAUUUACAUCACCACAGAAAGCCUUACCACUACUGCUGGGAGGUCUGGGACCGCAGAACAGGCCCGAAGCACUGAGAUGCCUGUCCCAGACUAUACCUCCAUUCAUAUAGUACAAUCUCCACAGGGCCUCGUACUCAAUGCGACUGCCUUGCCCUUGCCUGAUAAGGAGUUUCUCUCAUCGUGUGGCUAUGUGAGCACAGACCAACUGAACAAAAUCAUGCCGUAGCCUUUCCUUGAUUUCUCGUGAGCUAAAUAUUUAAUAGCAAAGAGUUGACUGGGGCAUGAAUGCUUAAACCAAAACAAUGUUUAAAUCUUUUGUGGCAGGGGAUGGGGAGGUGUGGAUUCUAAAUGCCUUUUCCUGAAAUGUUGAAACAUGAUAUUAAAAAAAAAAUAAGAGCGCUUAAUCAGAUAGAUAUUCACGAUGUGAAUUGUAAAUAUUUUAAAGAAUUGUCUCAAAGACUGUCUAGUGGCAGUGAUUGUCUUGUUAUUGUGGGUGUUAAUUUUGUGAUGCUAAGCAUUGAAUGGCUGUGUUUGUAAUGUAUAGUAAAUCAUGCUUUUUGAAAAAGCGAAAUAUCAGGUGGCUUUUGCAGUUCAGGAAAAUCGAAUGCAAAUGAUAGCACAGGCUAAUUUUUUUUAAACAAUUGGGAACUAAAAUUAUAGAUAAGAAGACAAAAAUAGUUUGGAUAUGUAAAAUUUAUUUUGACACAAAAUCGAUGAAGAUAUUUUUAAUAAUUUACACUUCAAGCAUGGCUAUUUUAUAUUACACUAUACACGGUAUACUGUAGUUCAUGCAGACCCAUCUGAAGAAUGUAGCAACUACAGCCUAAAGCUGGUUUCAUGCUUUGGUCAGUAUACCUAAAGAAAAACAAAUAAACAGAUUAGUUUCUUACAUGGCCCUUUUUAUACCUCCCCAAAACUUAAACACUUCCAAAAUGUUUGUCAUUACUUACAUUAUUGGAACAUGCUCGUCUUACCUGAAUUUUUAAACAAAUAUUUGUUAAUUUAGAAAACUUUAAAAGGUUUGCACAGGUCAACUUAUCAUGAACCAAAAACAAACAAAAAACCCUUUCUUACCCAAACUUUGGUUCAUGCAAGAGCACUACAUACUGAGAGAAGUAGCAGUUAUGGCUGGUUCAUACUGACUGGGAUGCUGAAGGGUGGCAGUUGCACAGGGUCUGAGUUUUUUAGGGCACGCAAAUCCUGAGAGGAAAGCUCUAGAAACUCUGCAACAGGAUCUCCUCAAACACAGCUUGGUUUUUUUUCCUAGUUACCUAAGAAGGGAGUGAGGUACAAGAAGCGUUUUGUAUGUUGAAGCAGGUCGAAGUGAAGUUAACCAAAUAACAGAAUAAAAAGUGCAAGAAAUAGGUUUUUGUGUCACAGCCCAUAGCCAGACACAUACUCAUUAUUUAUGGUAACAAGAAACAGAAGAAACAAGAUUUUAAAUCCCCACAGAUAACUCAAAAUCUCCUUAAACCAACAGCGGAAACUAUCUUCCUCACCAAACCUUAUAUAGGAUUUAUUUAAAGUAGUAAAAGAAGAUGUUUCAUCAUUUUUUAUUUCCCCUCUGAGUGGACUGGCCCCAAAGCAGGUAGUCAGAAGAAGGGGCCUGAGUAAUUUAUAACUUUCUAAAAUUUUCAAUCCCUUAAUAACCCUAACAUCAUUAUUAGGAGCAUUGUGAUAGCUUCCCACGAGGUUUAUCAAAAAGAGAAAAAUCUUAUCUCACUGAAGAAUGAAUGCUUCUCAUUUUAAGUAUUUUUUAAAAGGUUAAUAAAACUUUAAAGUUAGCUUUAACUUAAGCAUUUGCCAUUUAGCUCAGAACUUUUUAGGAAACAAGCCUAGUGGUUGGUAAUUUUAAAUUCCCUUUUUCUUGCAAGGACAGUGAAAAGCUAGAAUUGGGUGUUUAAAGUUCAACAUGUUACUUUGUCAUAGAUGUUUAAUAGCUUUUCUGCUACCUUGCUGCUAUGGUUUUUCUCUAAUAGCUACAUAAUUUAGUUUCAUAUAAAAAUUUCAUCAAUGUAGAACCUAAUUCAACUUAAAACUGUGUUUGGGAAAACUAUGUUACUAUUUCACAAUAGGCUGACAACAUUUCUAUAGCCAAAAAUAGCUAAAUACCUCAAUCAGUCUCAGAAUGUCGUUUUGGUACUUUGCUGGCCACACAAGCCAUUAUUCACUAGUAUGACUAGUUGUGUCCUGCAGUUUAUAUUUAACUUUCUUUAUGUCUGUGGAUUUUUUUCCUUCAAAGUUUAAUAAAUUUAUUUUCUUGGAUU